AUGGUACUCACACGUUCCCAAAAAGGUAGGCCGUCGAAUAAAUACGAAAAUACCAUGGAUCACAGCAAGAAUGGACAGUCAAACCCUACGUAUGGAGAUCAAGGGACGUCGGAGGCUCAAUGUGCGUCCACCAGUCAAAUGGAUGCGCCUUCGGAGGGAGUUCACGUGGAGCCCCCACCCAGGUCUCGGGGUGACAGUCACACCGCAUCGAGAAGAUCCACAGGGAGUAUGGUAAAGGCUAGGCUUUUAGCAGCCGAGGCGGAGCACGCUCGCCGGCUCGCUGAGUUAGAACGUAAAGUUGCGGAUGCUGAGCUACGCGCACAGCUCGCCGCUAUAGAGGCUGAGAGUAGCGUACAUGCAAACUCGUAUGCAAGCUCGUGUAUGAGUAGCAAACAGGUUGAAACGUGGUUGAAUAAUAACCCGGGUGAUGGCCCGUUAGCAGAGGAGCCGAUCGAUCGGCAACCCGGCAUUAGUGCCCCAGAGGUCCCUGCGUCACACUCUUUAGGGUUACCAUUUCAUCCUACUACUUCUCACAACUCUGUCAGUGAUCCCCAGGGACAAAAGUACACGGGGAGUUUUGACGCACAAUUCAUAGCUAAGGCUAUAAGUGAUUUAGGUGCAGUCUUAACAAGUAAUAAAUCGAAUAACUGUCAUACCAAGUUGCCGUUAUUUGAUGGCAGUUGUGCUACUGAGUGGCUUAGCUUCAAACGUACAUUUGUAGACACGGAAAAAUUCUAUUCAGCAGGUGAGAAUCUCGCACGCCUAAACGGUGCGUUGCGUGGAGCCGCGCGGGAGGCUGUUCACGUCCUAUUGGUAUCGGCGCGUGACCCACAGCAGGUCAUCAGUGCACUCGAAACCCGAUUUGGAUGUCCCGAGAUGAUUAUGCUACAAGAAUUAAAUUCCGUCCGAGCCCUACCGAAAGUUAGUAGCGAAGGAAAGGAUUUAGGUAUUUUUGCGUGUCGAGUGAAAAACUGCAUUGAAAUAAUGCGAUUAUUAAAUCAGGCAGAUUAUUUAGGUUCACCUGAACUUUUCAACGUAUUAGUUAGCAAACUGACUCCACUUUUACGUAUGCGUUGGUUAGAUUAUGCAGCUAGUCAUACUGAGGGAGGUAGUAAACUCGAGGUAUUAUCCGAGUUUCUUGUACGGGAGAUACAUUUACAAAAUAAAUUUGGAAUAAUUUCAGACACAUAUUUACAUCCGUCGACCUCUCAUACUACUCGUAAUACAUCAAAUCACACACAUAAACAGGAUGUAGAUAUUGUAGAUUCUGAUUCUUCUACAUCACAAAGCGACAAGAAUCAGAUAGUAAAUACUCGCAGAACUGAAGAAUGUGCUGUCGAAGUUUCAGCUCAUGCUACCACCACUUUUCCGAACACACUUUCUCGCUCUUUACUAAAAAUAAUUGCUGUCAGAGUGUCUGGUCCCAGUGGUACUGUCAACACAUAUGCACUAUUAGAUGACGGCUGUACUACAACACUGAUUGACGCGAAAAUUUCGAAACAUAUUGGUGCUGUAGGUCCCAAAGGUCGUGUGCAUAUUGACUGCUUAGGUGGACUUUCGAAAGUGAGUGAUUUUUGUUUAGUUAAUUUUACUAUCCGAGGUUUACACAACGAAGAUUCCUUUCAAAUUCACGGUGCUCGUUCCGUUGAUAAUUUAGGUGUAGCUUAUCAAUACGGUAUUCAAGCUGACGAUUUGAAGAAAUAUCCUCAUCUUUUCGAGAUUGCCGAUGAGCUUUGUUACGAAAACGCGCAACCUACAAUCGUGAUAGGGAUUGAUAACUGUCACUUGACAGUACCUAAAUUAAUACGAGCGGGUACUGCUACUGAACCGAUGGCUAUUAAGACUGCUUUAGGCUGGGUUGUUUGCGGACCUAUUAGUAAAAGUAAAAUAGGAAGUGGUCGUGAUAUAAUAAAUCACGCUACAGUUUUUGAUGAUUGUCAAUCCGAUAACAUUCAAAAUUUUGAAGAAAUAAUUAAAGAACAUUAUAGAUUGGAUUCAAUUGGCAUUGUUAAAAAAGAAUAUCGCGGUAGGUCGGACGCACAUGCACUCAAAAUUUUGGAAAGCACAGUGCGACGAUUGCCUGAUGGACAUUUUGAAGCUGGUCUUUUGUGGCGUCCUGAUAUUAGUGUCGUGCCAAAUAAUUAUAGAUUAGCACUUUCACGUUUUCUUAGCCUAGAAAAGAAGAUGAAAAGUGAUAAUCAAUACGCGCAGUUAUAUCGUCUGAAUGUACAUGCUAUGAUAGACAAGGGCUACGUUGAGGAAUGUCACAAGUCACCAAUAGGUAUUUCCUGGUAUCUCCCGCAUUUUGGGGUGACACAUCCGCAUAAACCAGGAAAAUUACGCAUUGUUCAUGAUGCUGCCGCUAAAUUCCAAGGGAUCAGCUUAAAUUCUUUAUUAUUACCCGGUCCUGAUCUCUUACAGCCCCUUCUUAGUAUACUCAUGCGAUUUAGGGAAGGCCCUAUUGCUUUAACAGCCGAUAUUCGAGAGAUGUUUCCGCAGGUUAAGAUAAGGGAGCAGGACCGAGACGCUCAAAGAUUUUUAUGGCGCGAUUAUCACACGCAGGAAAUUAAAAUAUAUCGCAUGUCUUCAAUGAUGUUCGGUGCUUGUUCGAGUCCAUGUACCGCGUUGUAUGUUAAAAAAGUAAAUGCUGAUGAAUUCCAAGGAGAAUUCCCGGAAGCAGCACAUGCCUCUGUAUUUGAUACAUACAUGGAUGACUAUAUAGGAUCGCAGGACAACAUUGAGAAAGCAGCUCGUUUAGCUGCAGAUAUUGUAGAGCUGAAUAAGCGAGCUGGUUUUGAGAUGCGCGGUUGGGUAUCCAACAAUCCUGAUGCCCUAGCACUUUUAUCAAAAGACUUGGUUUCUACUUGUAUCAAAAGUAGAAACGAGUCCAUAGAUUUAGGUAAUUCGAACAACGACGUAAAUGUUCGGACUCUAGGUCUUAUUUGGCAGCCUAAUAUUGAUACAAUUUCGUUUAGUAUUGGGUUCGAAAAUGAUAAAUUGCCACAUCAGAUUACUAAACGUGAUGCGCUUUCUUAUGUAAUGCGUAUUUAUGAUCCUCUUGGUAUUUUAGGACCUAUAGUUUCCAGAGGGCGUAUCAUGUUUCAGAAUAUAUGGCGUAAACGCCUCACAUGGGACGACGAGUUACCUCAAACCGACUUGAAGAUUUGGCAUGAUUGGUUUCAGGAUCUAAAAUUGAUAUCUAAUCUCAAGAUAUCACGCUAUUACGGUUUGAGUGAACCCGAUAUAUCCGAACGCGAGCUUCACAUCUUCUGUGAUGCUAGCGAAAUGGCUUAUGCUGCAGUUGCAUAUUGGCGGAUGAUUUUCACAAACGGAGAUGUGAAGGUCGUUCUCAUUUCCAGUAAGUGUAGAGUAGCUCCAUUAAAGCCGACUUCCAUCCCCCGUUUAGAACUCCAGGGAGCGUUAGUCGCUGCUCGUCUAGCGUCAUUCAUAGUCGAAUCUCAUAACCAUAAACCAACAAAACGAUUCUUUUGGACUGAUUCCUUAAACGUGCUAGGGUGGCUCCGGAGUGAUGCGCGUACCUAUAAGCCAUUUGUAGCUCAUCGUUUGGGUGAGAUACUCGAACUCACACUAGUCAAUGAAUGGCGAUGGGUUCCAACGCAUAGUAAUGUGGCUGAUGAUGCUACGCGUGUUAAUCGUAUUAUUUUAACACAGUCGUCUCGUUGGCUUGUAGGUCCCAAUUUUCUGUAUGACAAUGAGUCUAGUUGGCCAUCAUCUCCACCAGUAUCUAUGGCUGGUAGCUUGGACAAAAAUGACGUAGAACUGAAACCGUCUACUCGUCAUCACUCAUGUGUUGUUAAUCUCAUUACGUCACAGCCAUCUCCCAUGCCUCUUGUAGUUAGCUCUGACAGACUAAGCUCCUGGUUGAGAUUGUUAAGAGCAACGGCAAGAGCUCAUAAAUUCAUUACCUUGCUGCGUCGGAAAGGCACUUCUGAUAUUACGGCUGAAGAUUUGUCUGUUGCUGAAACACAUUUACUGCGACAUAGCCAGUUAGAAACGUUUGCGGAAGAACUUGUACUCUUGAAAAAUGGUCAACCUCUACCACGGAAGAGCAAAUUGUUCACGCUUUCCCCGGUUAUCGAUGAACAGCGAGUCAUCCGUUUAAAAGGCAGGAUUGAUCGUGCAAUAGACGUCGAAGAUCACGUGAAGCGCCCUAUUAUCUUGGAUGCUCGUCAUCGGACUGUGCGUCUACUUAUUGCCUAUUAUCACGAAAAGGCAGCUCAUGGCAAUACAGAGUUGGUAGUAAAUGAACUCAGACAGUUUUAUUGGAUCAUUCACCUUCGAAGCGCUGUUCGAUCUGUUGCUUACAAUUGCAGAGUCUGCAAGAUAAGACGUGCUACACCGUAUCAGCCUCCUAUGGGAGACUUACCCGCUGCCCGUGUAGCUCAUCACAAGAGACCCUUCAGUUUUACUGGUCUUGACUAUUUUGGACCUCUUCAAGUUGCUGUUGGCCGACGUCGUGAAAAGCGGUAUGUCGCUCUUUUUACAUGUUUGGUGACUAGAGCAGUUCACCUAGAAUUGGUACAUAGUUUGAGUACCGAUGCCGCUAUUAUGAGUUUACGCAGAUUUAUUGGUAGACGUGGGGUUCCUACAGAAAUCUGGUCGGACAAUGGGACGGCAUUCGUCGGUGCCAAUCAUUUAUUGAAGUCUUUGUAUGGAGCUGAAAUGGAACUGUUUGCUGCAAAUGAGUGUAUUUCUUGGAAAUUCAUUCCACCAUCUGCUCCUUUUAUGGGCGGUUCAUGGGAGAGAUUAGUGAGAUCAGUGAAAACCGCCAUGCAAGUCACUUUGAAAGAGCGUACACCCAGUGACGAGAUUUUGUUAACUCUUCUUAUAGAGGCAGAAGCGCUCAUAAAUUCCAGACCUCUCACUCACGUGCCCUCUGACCCUGAUCAGAGUGAAGCUUUGACUCCUUUCCAUUUUAUACUUGGAACUUCGUCAGGAAAACCAAUACCUGCACGUCUAGAAGACCGAGACCUCUGUAGUAGAGCAGGAUGGAAAAGGGCCCUACGCCUCGCAGAUCAUUUCUGGUCCAGGUGGGUUAAAGAAUAUCUGCCAACACUAUUGCCUAGACGAGGGCAGGGUAUUGCGCCAAGAGUGAAUGUGGGGGACCUGGUGCUAGUUGUAGAUGAUCAACAACCGCGUGGAACGUGGCUAAGAGGUGUAAUCACUGCAAUUUAUCGAGGACAAGAUAGCAUUGCUCGAAUAGCCGAAGUACGGACGCCUAUCGGCUUAUUUAGACGCCCAAUGAGGAAGUUGGUGCCCCUGCCUACGUAA